AACAAGCAUGGCGCCCAUCAGGAACAGUUUCGAUUACACAAUGAAUUUUUCACAAUUAGCAGUCAGACUAGCGUUGUAUCAAUGUAUAACGCACACCAACUUGUAAAAUUAACAUUUCGGGGCAUACUUCUGCAAGGAAUACUUGGUACGGUAACACGAAAAUGGGAACAUUUCAAAAAUCUGAGCCCAGGAAAUGAGGAUUUUCCAACGUCUUUUUUUCAAAUUCAAAAGUUGACGAAAGCCCAGUAAAUUCUCUCAUCCGCCGGCCUGAUCAAGUGUGAGUGGGACAACCACCGUUACUACAUCGAGCCCAUCGCCUUCGACAUGCAGCUAGUCCAGAGAUACUGCAUCGACGUUAAGGUACUGAGGUGGUGCUUACAUGAUCUGUAUCGGAGACAAGGAGAUUGAGUACAACCCGGAGUUCCGGUUCUACAUCAGGACCAAGCUGAGCAAUCCGCACUACACGCCAGAGAUCUCCACCAAGACCACCAUAGUAAACUUUGCCGUGAAAGAGCAAGGCCUUAGAAUCCUUGAACAAGAAGGACAUGACUGAAAUCAAAUCGUAUGCAAAACCCCCGACCCUUGUUGAAAAGGUCAUGGAAGCGGUUAUGAUCUUGCGCGGUCAGGACCCCACAUGGUCCGAAGCCAAACGACAGCUCGGUGACCAGAAUUUCUUGAAGCAGCUCAUGGACUUUGACAAGGACAACAUCACUGACCGAGUCCUCAAGAAAAUUGGGCAGUACGUAGCCCAGACGGACUUUCAACCAGAGAUCAUAGGGCGAGUCUCCUCAGCAGCCAAGUCGCUGUGCAUGUGGGUCCGCGCUAUGGAGGUGUACGGACGGAUCUAUCGCGUUGUUGAGCCUAAGAAACAACGAUUGAAUGCGGCCAUGUCUCAACUGAAAGAGAAACAGGACGCGCUCAGUGAUGCAAAAGCCAAACUUGCUGAGGUUGAGUCCAAGAUGGCUGAACUGCAGAAGCAGUACCAGGAGAAACAGGACCAGAAAGAGGAGCUCAAGAGGAAGGCUGCACACACCGAACUCAUGUUGGACAGGGCCGCUAAACUGGUAUCAGGCCUUGCUGGCGAGAGGGUACGCUGGGAGCAGACUGUGAAAGACUUGGAGGAACGACUGGGUUUCCUCAUUGGAGACUGUCUCAUAGCGGCCGCCUUUAUGUCCUACAUCGGACCCUUCCUGUCAAACUACCGUGACGAACUGGUGCAGAAAGUCUGGCUAGCGGAGGUGAAGAAACUUGGUGUACCAUGUGACCCAGGAUUUGAUUUCUGCAAGUUCAUGGCCAAGCCGACGAAUGUCCGUGACUGGAACAUCCAGGGGUUGCCUAGCGACAGCUUCUCCACGGAGAACGGUGUCAUAGUGACGAGUGCCAGUCGCUGGCCCCUCAUGGUGGACCCACAGGGGCAGGCAAUCAAGUGGAUCAAAAACAUGGAGGCCUCACGGGUACAGUGGAAAAUUUUUAUUUGUUAUUUUAUCACUUAUAAUAUUAUUCUUAUACAAAAACAUUUUAAGGACGUCUCUUCUAAAUGAUCACUAGUUUAGGCG